UCCGGCACACAGUUAUCCUGGCAAGGCAGGCAGGCAGCACCAACCAGCAGCAAGUCCAGACUUCCAGGCCCAAGCCAGCGUUCACCACCGUCGGAGGAUGACGAAAAAAGAAAACAAGGGUGUGACCGAGCGUGCGAGCAACCGACCCGACACGGGCCGUACGGUGAACCGUUUUUUCUCGUGAAACUCCCUAGCCCAGGGUGCAUUACUGCGGGAACUAGUCGAGGAUAUCGUACUACGCGCUUGCCUCGCCUGACAGGAACUUUGGAACGUUUCGCCAAAAGUAAUCCAGGGGUUGGUCCGAUUCGUCCCAAAGCCUGUAGCUAGAAGAAAACUAGGGCAUCGGUGUGGUGUGUACCGUGAAGUUUUUUUUUUCUUGCGUAGGCGUGCGUACCAAGUUGGUGGACGACUCUUCGGGCCUGUAACGGCACAACAUCAUUCACCGACAAGAAGUGCGGCACGAAACAACGGUGUCGAAGUGAAGUGCAAAAACGGUACGGAAAAUUGUGUUUUUCGUGAAAAACAGGGAGUUGGUGAGUGUGGGAAAUCCCAAAAGACCAAAAAAAAAGGACGCACUCGCACGUCUUCUGUCACACAGACGCGCACGGGUGCGCACAACAAAGAGCCUGGGUGCGUGUGCGCGCGUAUGUACGUACUCGUUGCUACGUUGUAUGUGUGGUUUUACGUGCGUGUGCCGAGUUUGAUUCAGAUUUAGCGUUUUUCUGCUCCUCUCAAACCCCCAACCUCCGUGCUGGAUGUGCUGAUUCAUCCCUGUCAACGAUGACGGGUGCGAGUGGUUAGUGCCAAAAAGACGGUGUGUGUGUGUGUGCGCGUGAUUGGCCACACGGCAGUGUACGAUGCAGUCUACGGGUGUUGGUGACGUUGGGUGGCAUUACACGCAAUGCUAGUGCUGUGCGAACUAGGACGCACUCGAGAAGCCCUGCGACGUGGGCUACAAAGCGUACGGAAGAAGUCUGGAGGACCUCCGACGGUGAGGAGGCAACGUGUUGUGUUACGGGACGCGGGUUGGUAAAGGACCCGGCAGAACGGACCACCGUCGGCGAUAGUGAUAUCCGGAGAUUCUUCUCCCAUACCAGCGGGAGGGGUUGCCACUUCUUAUCCGGAAGAGAAGGGUGUGUGUGUGUGUGUGUAAGCCGAAAGGCCGAACGUAUCAGUCGUUGCCAGUUCGGCGAAAACUUCGGCGGCAAUUUAAAGUGAUGUGUAAGUGGCCGAGCAGACAACAGUGAACAUAGGUGCGCCUGGUGGGCGAAGAAGUCCUCGGCGAUAGCUUGGCGAGGCAGUGUCGUUUCCCUGUGAGUCAUCGCACACCGUGUCUUGGUGGGUGAUUGGUCUGUAAGUGUAGCAAACAAUCCUGUUCUAGUGAGUGAGUCCUGUGCGGUCUCCAACCAUCAGUCCAUCAGGCACCAUUCAAACGAGACACCUUCAACCGGCUCACCGGGCAGCCAUUGACGGGCCAGCGCUCUCGCCAACCGUGACACGAAGCGUUACCACUGCGUUACUACGCAUCCUUCCGCAGCAUCCUUAUCGUACGGCGGUGGCGGGCGCGCGACGGUAAGCAACCAUGGGCUAUCCGGGGACAACCGAGGACGACGAUCAAUAUCGGGUGCCGCUGAUAGCGAAGUUGCUGCACGCCCUGCCACACUACAACAUCACCUUCCAUCGCAUCAACAACACAUUUCGCCCAUCAAAUGACGUCUAUCUGGAGAGUCUCGGUAUCUUGGGUUCGAUACCGGCCGCCCUGCUGAUUGUGUCGUUGUUUGGCUUGCUGCUCUAUCUCUUGACACGCUGCUGCGACAGAAAGCCACGACCUGCCCACUCAAUCACCAGUCUGAAGGUAACGCUCUCGAUCGUGACUGUGCUGUGCUGUGCGGCGAUCGGGCUCGGCCUGUACGGUAACGAUGACCUGCACAAUGGACUGCUCGAAGUGCUGCAGGCUGGCCGGAAGGUGGACGGUGUCGUCUCCUCCGUACGCAACCAAACAUUCAUCCUGGAGAAUACGCUGACGAUGAAGAUUCAGCAGCAGCUUACCGAGCUGGAAGACAUCUUUGACCAGAAAACGAACAAUCAAACAGCACUGGCACAGCUACAGCAGGCCCUACUCACGGCCAAGGGCAACAUUACGAUUGCGAAGAAUGCAGCGAACGACAUACGACGCCCACUAGUCGGUUUGACCAUAACAGACUUCCUGACGAAAGGAGAUCAGUGGGAGUUGAUCCGCUGGCCGGGAACGGUCGCCAUAUUGGCACUGUUACUCGUACUGUGUGCGGUACUGUUGGUCGGUGUUGCCCGUCACUCUCGCUGUGCCCUCAUACUGUUUAGCGUGUGUGGUUUGCUGGCCGUGACCGGGUCCUGGCUCAUGUCCGGUCUCUACCUUUCGACCUCGGUUGCCGUCGGUGACCUGUGCAACGAUCCGGCCGAUUUCCUGGUCCAUCAAGCACCGCACGAACUGCCAGCGGACAUACUGCUGUACUACACCCAGUGUGACAUCUCCCGCUCGAACCCGUUCACGCAGCGACUGCGAGAGUCGCAAAAUGCGAUCAAUAAUGCGCGUAACGCGAUGAGCAUCGUCUCGAAGAUUUCGCCGGUUCUGUUCAAGAACGCAGGACUAGCGCCGAAGCUCGGUUCGGUAAAUGCCGAUAUAAAGCUGUGCGAGCGGCUACUGACUGGGUUGACAGCGCUGGUUGACUGCCGUGCCGUACACUACAGCUACCUCGUAGCGACCCGCGGACUCUGCGAGUGUGGACUGCUCGGGUUGGUGUUGAUGCUGAUCGCCAGCUUCAUGGCGGCCAUCUUGCUCACCAUCAUGGUUUGGGUCGAUUCCCAUACCUGGAUCUACAUUCGCAAGAGUCCGCCGGUGAUCAGUGGUUCGCACACGAUUGCACAUCCGGGCCGCAACGCCAAGCACGACAUGAGCCAGGUGCAGCAGGCCCAGCAGCAGCUGCAUCACCAGCAGGCCCACGCCCAGGCACAGCAGGCACAGGCACAGGCCCAGGCCCAUAUGAUGCAUCACCAUCAGGCGAUGAUGCGGGCCGGCGGUACGCAUACGCUCGGUCGGCUACCGUCGCACAGCAGCCCGACGCAUCUGCACGGACCGAACAACGGCAAGUACGCGACCCUCAGUAAGCACUGCAAGACGCUCGACGCGAAUGACUUCUACUGAAGUUACGCCGCCUGUAACGAUAGAAAGUUCCAUCCACCCGCCAUACAUCAGCAACCGCACUAUCACACGCACAGCCACCAACAGCAACCGCAGCAGGUGCAGCAACAGCAGCUGCAGAUGCAGCAGCUGCAGCAACAGCGUGCGAUGCUAGAUCCCGCGACGGCGGCAGCCGCAGCCGCCCAUCAUCUACACCUUCACCAGCAGCAGCAGCAUGCCGCUGGCGGACCCGGUCACGUUCAUCCCGCCCAGACGAUGACCAUCAACCGGAAGCUGCACGGUACUGGUGGUGUCCCCGGUGGCCAUCCACUACCGCCCGUGUACGGCGAUGACAAUCCGCCUCCACUACCACCGUUGCGCAAUCCGCAGAAGGCACUGCCACAGCCGGUGUCAACGGUGGCAGGCAGCGAUCCGACCACCACCGAUGCUGCCGGUUCGGACAAGCAGAUCUACAUCUACUCCACUGCCAAGUACGGCAAGUACGAUCCGAACGGUAAGUCACAUCUGCACCAGCAGCAGCAACUUCAACAGCAGCAGUCACAUCCAGCCUCCGGGAAACCUCCGGGAGAAGCGGGACCGGACAAGGCUGUUGGUGGUGCCGGUGCGAAGAAUCCCAACACCACCACUUUUAGCUCGACGCCCGGGUUUAACAGCAAACCACUGCCGUCGAUCAUCAACUGUCCACUGCCGGAUAUACCG